UGAGAAUUGGGAGUGGAGUUGUUUUUUAAAUUGGAAUAAGAUUUGCUUUCUUUGAAAUGUGAUAUUUCUUUAAGAUUUCGUAAUUUGUGUUGAUUAAUGUUCAGUGUAUUGUUAUUCUAAACCAAAAUGAGUUCAGGAAAUUCGGAUGUUGAGCAAAGGCUGGCUCUCUCGAUGGUCGCUCAAUUUGAUGAUUUAAAUCGACUGAACAACGUUCUCAACGACGAAUAUUCGGAACAAUGUUUCCUAGCAUUUGUGAAGCAGAUGGAAUGGGUGCGCAGCCAAUGGGCCUCGGCGGAGGCAGAGGCCGCUCGGCUGCAGACAGAAUUGAUGGAGGCUCACCAGACUCUGUCCAAGUGGGAGGCCAAGUUUGCACAUGUUCGGAAACUUCUGGAUGGGGAGAAGAGGGAGAGGAACAUUGUUAUGAAGAAGUACAGUGAACUGAGUAAGCUAUUAGAUAUGGCUCGGGACCUGCUCUUCAAUGAUAACCGAGCGAAGCUAAAUGAUGAGACAUUGCAAAAGCUAGCUUUCCUCAAUGGUACGGCUCAUCAGGAGCAUAAUGCCAGGCUCACUGGUGUUCCGGAGCUAAACUCGACUGGCACGCUCCUCUCAGAAAUGUCCUACUCGCGCUCUGAAGAAGACCUGGACCUGUCAAUAGCGUCGACCCGCCGCUCGUGGGUGCAGCGGGGAGGCUGGGCGGCCCGAGACGCGCCCGCCGGCAAGAAACGACGGUCUUCUACCAGUUCUGCUACCAAGACUGUGGAGCUGCAAGGCGGCAAGGUGCUGGCCACCGCGACCACGACUCUCACGUUAGAGCGCGCCGCCACCAACCAUGACAUGAAGCCGCCCAAAAACUUCCAACCUAUAUCAGAAAGCAGUGACGAAGCGCCUGCGCAAUCGGCCAGCAAGACCUCUCGUUUGUCCGUUAAACGAGUGAAGGAGGAGCAUACGACACCUUCCGCGCCUCCUAGAACCACUGACACAGACACGGCGUCGGACACCCCCAUGCGCUGUGUGCAGCGCACGCCGUCUUGCGUGUCGGCGGCGUACGGCGGCUCGCCGCGCGCGCGCCCCAGGCAACACAACUUCGUGGCCAAGAACUUCUACAAGCGCGAGGCCUGCGGGCCCUGCGGCAAGACCAUAAAGUUCGCGAAAGUGGGCAUCAAGUGCGAGACGUGCCGUGCGCAGGCGCACCCCGAGUGUCGCGCGCUGCUGCCGCUGCCCUGCGUGCCGCCCGGCGCCGGGGCCGCCUCCAGGCGGAACAAUGCCGCGGACGGCUGUAUAUCGGACUUCGCGCCUAGCACGCCCCCCAUGGUGCCCGCAUUGCUGGUGCACUGCAUCAAUGAGGUGGAGAAGCGAGGAUUGUCAGAGCGAGGACUGUACAGAAUCAGCGCCGUGGAAAAGGAUGUCAAGCGGUUGAAGGAGCGUUUCCUCCGCGGCUGCGGCUCGCCGCAACUAUCCAACGAGGACAUUCACGUUCUCUGCGGCUGCAUUAAGGACUUCCUUCGCUCGCUGCGGGAGCCUCUCGUCUCCAACGCGCUAUGGGCUGACUUUAUGGAAGCAGCUCGGCUAGGCGAGCCGACGGACGCGGCGGCGGCCGUGGUGCAGGCCGUGACCCAGCUGCCGCCGCCCAACCGCGACACGCUCGCCUUCCUCGUGCUGCAUCUGCACAAGGUAGCAGAGAGUCCGGAGUGCGAGAUGGGUAUAGACAACCUGGCCAGGAUCUUCGGGCCCACCGUGGUCGGGUACGGCAUGACGCAGAUAGCCGACAUGUAUAGUGCCACACCGCAGAUGGUCAAUGUGAUGCAGCUUCUCCUGCGGUUGCCGGCGGACUACUGGGCGCAGUGGGCCUUCCCGCACGACGCGGGCUCGCCCGCGCCCGCGUCCGCGUCCGCGCCCCGCGCGAGGGGCUUCUUCUUCUCGCCCGUCGACACUGGAGUUCAAAGAAAAAAGAGAAACUACUUUCAGUGACUAAAGAAAAGAAGUGAUUUUGUUACUUAGCCUGUAGCUUUAAUUUAGUUUUUUAGGGUUUCGUAGUCACCUAAAAACCCUUAGUUGCUCCAUGUCAUUCCGCGGCUUUGCUCCGUGAUCGAUAGUGCUAGAAAACUGCCAUUUGGCAUGGAUACAUAAAUCAUGCAUGGCGACAGAACGGUAAACUAAAAACGACAAAAAAAAAAUUGUAAGGUAAAUUGUAAUAAAAUAAAUUAAUUAAAAAAUUAAAAACACGACUGCGGAAUUUUAAGCGAACUGAAAAGCUAAAAAUAAUUUUGAUGUUAGUUACGUAACUUGAUAAAUUUAAAUUAGAAUAUAAAUGUACACUACAUAUAUAUUUUUUCUUUUACCCAAUAAUGUGGGUGGGGUAUCGUUGGAUAGGUCUUUCAAAACGAAUAAGAGUCUUCAAAAACCAUUUUUUGAUAGUUAAUAAUUUCGGAAAUAAUCGCUCCGAAAGAAAAAAAAAUGUAUAAGCUAAUAAGUAAAUAAGCUUAAUAAAUAAAUACUAUCAAUGAAAACUUUGAAGUUAUUGAGUUAUAGCAAAGAAUAUUUUCUUAGUAAAAAGACGUACCAAGCGCUGCUUCGCGUCAUGCUUGGAAUGUAAUAUUAGUACAUAAUACUUACUAAUAGCCCCCGUUUGGCCUGUUCUGACCGAAUGGUAACUACGAAACCCUACACUGAGCAUGGUCCGACAUGCUCUUGGCCGAUUUUUUUUUCAUAUAAGUAUACAUUUAUGUUAACCAGUUAUUGUAUAUUUUCCCUUUUCUAAGUAAAUUUGUAUAAUAAUUUUUAGUAUUAAAACACAUCUUGGAGAUUUUUUACUGUGUAAUUAGAUAAUCUUGUUAUUUACGUAUACUUCUUUUAAAGUUCAUAAUUAAUAGUGUUUGGUAGAACUUUGGGUUCUGAUUUUCAAAGUAUUAGUAAAGUUACAUCACAUACAUACAUACAUAGUUAGUUAUAUAUUAUAUAUAAUACUGAAAUAAUACUUUAAUUAAUUUAGUUGUGUAUAAUAUUUGUAGCCAUAAUACAUCAUGUGUAUCUUUUAUGGUCAAUCCGGUUCGUCAAAUCGCCGCCUAAAUACGCUUCUGUAUAUAUCAGCAGUCUCAUGUGACAUUAUUAUAGUUUAAAUUGUAUGGAAGAUACCAUUUGAGGGUCAAACUCACACAGUUUCGGCCUCCUAUAUUUUUUGGCCGCAGUUUUGUUCAAGCUCCGAUAUUGACCUCAGUAAUAUAAAAUAUAAACCUAUUUUUCCUCAUUAAUGUUGUUUAACACAUUCAUUGUCACUCAGUAACACAAGAUAUCCGCGCCAGGCCACAAAAUUUUUAUAACACUAAACUCUCGCGUUUUGUACACAUAAUUAAUGUCAUUACCGGGUCUAACGCGAUUAAAUUUCAUUAUUUUACUUUUUUUCCGACGUUUCAGCUAGGUUGCACUAGCUGUGGAAACCCCACGUAACGAAACGUCGGAAAAAAGGCAAAAUAAUAAAAUUUAAUCGCGUUAGACCCGGUAAUGACAUUAAACAUUAAUUACGUGAUCCCGACUAUCGGGCCGUCCGGCCUCGGAACGAAACCAUAAAAUACCCGAUAGAUUUUCGGCAUUGAAUGUGUUAACAGUUUAAUAUUGAUAGCAUAUUAUGCAGUAAACUAACGUGGAAGUGUGCAGCUAAUGAAGAAUUAAUCUUGAAACGCUUUUAACCAUUCUUGAGUCAACACGCGGCAAUCUAUCGUGGCUAUUUGUAUAGUCCAGGACUAUACUAAAAGCAACUAGGUACCGAACAACGUCGUGACUCCUAUACGAGCACACUUUUGACAUUGGCGAAAUCAUCAAAAAGAUGUGCAUAAUUAUUUUCUAUCGUAUUUUCACGGAAACGU